AUGCCUUCUCAAGUCCCUCCUGCUGGUGUUUGGUGCCCUGCGGUUACCCUGUUCGACCCAGACACAGACAAGGUCGAUUUUGAGAACCAGGCACGCUACUUCCACUACCUCUCUACCACAGGGCUCGCAGGCCUUGUGAUCUUGGGUACAAAUGCAGAGACUAUGCUGCUUACGCGGGAAGAGCGCAAAGCGUUGAUCGCGACUGCACGGCGAGCCGUAGGGCCCUCGUUCCCCAUCAUGGCGGGUGUCGGUGCGCACAGCACCGCACAGACACUCGAGUUCAUAUCUGACGCAGCUGCGGCUGGCGCGAACUCCGUGUUAGUCUUGCCGAACGCCUACUUCGGUGGCGCUACUACACCCCAGGUUCUGGAGAACUUCUACGACCAGAUCGCGGCUCGCAGCGAAUUGCCUCUUGUAAUCUACAACUUCCCCGGCGUGUGCAAUGGCGUCGAUCUCUCAUCAGACUUUAUCGAAGCCAUGGCCAAGCGCCACAGCAACAUCGUGGGCGUCAAGCUAACGUGCGGCUCCGUGGCCAAAAUCACGCGUCUCGCAGCCGCACUGCCCAAGGAGAGGUUCGCUGUCUUUGGUGGCCAGGCCGACUUCAUCAUUGGCGGUCUCAGCUCAGGCUCCUCUGGAUGCAUCGCUGCUUUUGCCAACGUUACCCCACGAUGCAUCGUCCGUAUCAACGAGCUCUAUUGCCAGGGCAAGCACACAGAGGCUCUUGCUCUGCACCAGAAGACUGCGCUCGCUGAGCAGGCGAUCAAGGGCGGUAUUGCGCCAACAAAGUACGCUGCGGCAAUUCACAGCGCUACCUAUGCCGGUAUCCAGGACGCCCCCGCCAAGAUGGCACCGCGUAGGCCAUACGUUGCGCCAGCCGCUACUGUCCAAGAGAUGGUCAGGUCGAGGACGGCGGAGGUUGGGGAGAUCGAACAGAGCCUGCCUCUUAUCAACAGGCCUAUCUCUUCGAAGAUAUGAUGAUACGAUGUUGUGGAGUUCGGUGUGGGUUCAUAGACAAUCAUAGACUCAUC